UGUUCACUCGCUUUGACAACAUGGCAGCUGUUCCAAUGAGAACGUGGAGAAAUUUCACAACAGACCGUUUCUAUCCAUGGAUGCGUCUUUAUUUGCUCUUACUCGUUACUAUAAAAACGACCGCUGCUGCUCCAGAGAAGGGAUUGUGGAAAAUUAUUGCUUUAAGUCAGACCUCAAGACCGCUCCUGUUAAGAAAAUCCAUGUUCAAAGACACUAACAUUGAAUUGAAAGUUGUUUCAUUUGGCUGUCCUGAGGAGGUAACAUUCACCAUCCAAUGGUAUUUAAAAUACUACCCCUGCCAUAAUGAUUUCAAUAACAUUGAAGAAAUGUAUGAGCGACCGCUGCUGAGUCGUGGACAGAGCCUUGAUCCCAAUCCGCUUGUACAAGGAGAGUACAUCGAGCACAAAUACAAGCCUAUAAUGUGCAACAGUGAACUGCGCUCCUUUCCAACGUUUAAAAAAGCCAAGGGAGAACCCCGACCCGUCAGUCCGCAUGUUGAGGGAGAAGUGUUGGACGAAAGUGAGAUCAGGUGGAUUACAGAAGAGUACGACAGUGACGCGGUGACAAGCAAUGGUACAAAGCUCAAAGACAAUGUCAUAGCCUCCACGUGGAAGGAUGGGCCUUACAUACUCGUGGUGAAGAUUGUGCCCAGUAAACAAGAUGUUAACUGGAAUUUAACUAUGAAUGUAGUGAUGAAAGGCAGGCAUGGCUACAUUUCCAUCACGGAAUAUCCUCUUAUGAUUUUUUACAUGGUCAUGUGCGUGGUGUACAUCCUGUUCGCCCUGUUAUGGUUCACCUGGGCUGCCUGUUACUGGAAAGACAUAUUAAGGAUCCAGUUCUGGAUUGCUGGAGUUAUAUUCCUCGGUAUGGUGGAGAAGGCGGUCUUCUGCGCCGAGUAUGAAAACACCAAUGCUGUAGGCUCUGCUUCUCCAGGCCUGCUGAUUUUUGCUGAGCUGGUCUCGGCCCUCAAGAGAACUAUAGCCCGAUUGCUCGUCAUCAUUGUCAGCCUCGGCUAUGGCAUUGUAAAGCCUCGAUUGGGGACGGUAAUGCACCGAGUGGUUGGUCUCGGAGUUCUCUACUUAGUCUUUGCUGCAAUCGAAGGAGUACUGAGGAUAACUGGGGGUCGAGACAAUGGCCCAGCUCUCAUUACAGCAAUUGUUUUGGCUGUGUUAGACUCAUUCAUCAUCUGUUACAUUUUUGUCAGCCUGGCUCAAACCAUCAAGACUCUCAAGCUGAGAAAAAACCCGGUCAAGUUGUCCCUUUACAGGCACUUCACAAAUACACUCGUAUUUGCAGUCAUUGCGUCCAUCAUUUUCAUGGCUUGGACAGCAAAGAAAUUCCGUCUUGCAGAUUGCCAGUCAGAUUGGAUUGAGCUGUGGGUGGAAGAUGCUUUCUGGAGGUUUUUGUUCUCCCUCAUUCUUCUUGUCAUAAUGUUCCUAUGGAGACCAUCUGCAAACAACCAAAGGUACGCUUUCACACCUCUCAUUGACGACUCCGAUGAUGAGGAAAUUGAGGAAUAUGUUGCUUCCCCAAAUAUCGCUGAUGGCAUUAAACUGAGAGCCACAAAAUACGAGGCAAAUAGCGCAGCGACAUCUCCGGAAACAAACCCGGAAGAAGACUUGAAGUGGGUUGAAGAAAACAUUCCAAGCUCUCUCACUGAUGUAGCACUUCCUGUUUUGCUUGACUCUGAUGAGGAGAGCAUGACAACCAAGUAUGAGAUGUCCAAGCUGGAGUGAGGGGAAACCUUCAGAGCUGUCAGCGGAGGAUGUGGAGACUAUUCCUGACUCUGCAGUUGUCUUCUGUGCACAGUUGCAUCUUAUUACUGAUGGCAGGUCAUGGUGGAGGUUUGCUAGUGACCCUUCCAACACCUAAACUGUUUUUUCCUCUCAACAACUGGUUCAUCUUUGCCCUGACAGAAUCAGUUUGAGCCUUUCUUUCCAAAGAGAUGAAUUGAUUUUAUAUUAUGUGCUGUAUUUAUUAGCAUUAUGUCUACUUUAUAAGAGUUUUUCUACAAGUAAGAACAGAGGGUCUCGUGCAUGAGGAUAUUCAAAGACACAAUGUGUUUGGGGGGUGUUUCAAAUGAUGAAGAUGGGGAUAGUUGGUUUUAUCUCAUUGAUUUAAAGUGGGAUUUAGCAAGCAUGCACGUUUGAUGUACUGGUGAGACAUGGUUGAGAUGAUAACGGUGGAAGAGAACAUUUUGCGUCUAUGCACUUUCACCAUCCAAACUGUGCCUACAUGUCGUUCUCGUAUCAGCCCCGAUGUGAUAUUCCAGUCGUCUCAGUGUUGAUGUGUCAGUUAGUCUGUGAUUGGGAAACUGAAAACAACGUCGUUUGAACAAUUAAGGCACAAAUGCGUUCAGUAGUUAAUUAAAAGGGCAGGUGGGUAUUUGUCUUUUGAGCAAUACAAAGUUUGUCUACAGAAUUUUGUAGCUUCAUUCUUAUUUAUUUAUGAUGAAAGUGUACUUAAAAGUCAUGUUCAGCGUUUCUGUAUUUUUCAGAGCUGGACCAAUCUGAAUAUAUUGGGCAAAUGGCAAUUUUUUUUUUUUUUUCUUGACUUUGCAUUCUGCUCAUUCUGCUGGGUGGUGCUGUCAGUCGUUUGGAGUAUAAGAGCACUGUCCUCAUGUUUUGUGUGAUGCUUUCACUGGUUAGCAAAAGCACAAGCUGAACACUCAAGAGGAUUACAAUACUGUAAUGUCAAUGUUCACAAUUGUUCUUGGGUUAUUUGAUUGAAAGACACCUGCCUCUUGAAUAUUUGUACAGAUGCCUGAUUUGUUCGUGACAUAAUUUUGCCUGAGUUUUAAGGGGUAAUACUUGAUUUUUUUUUUUUCAUUUUAAGUAUUUUUCAUUCUUUUUUUUCUUAACUUUUCCAUUUUGGGAAGUGUUCAAAUAAGAUAUAGAGGAGUAUAUUAGUUUUCUGGACUAUAAUUUGCUCUGUUUUCACUCCAAUAAAAGGAAUUAUUUUACA